AUGAAACGAUUGUGUUGGACAAAUACAGUAGAAUUAAUUGAACAUUUAAAUAUUACUAAUGAGGAAAUACAUAUUGUUUUACCAGAACAUCAACAUAAAUAUGAAAAUAAAUCAAUAUCAAUUAUUAAAUUUUAUAAAAAUGAAUUAAGUGAAAUAAUUGAUGGUACUCGAUUAAAAUCUAUAUUUUUACGUUAUAUAUUUCUCACUGAUCUUAUUAUAUUAAGUAAUUCAUUAACUAUGUCUUUACUUGAAAAAUUGUUACUUAUUGAUUUAUAUGAUCAUAGUAAGUUAUCACUAAGUUAA